UCUUCUUGACAAACAAUUUGUUGGAACAAUACUCAACACAAUUGUCAAAAAUAUACAAAUUUGAAUAAAUACUGUAAUGACAAUCUUUUUUGAAUAUUACUUUCCGAUUUCCUAUCGAUAAAAUGAAGAUCAUUAGGAUUCCAUACACGAAAUUCACAAGUAACUAAUUAUGCAUCUAUCAAAUUCGAAAAAAGAUUCGAAGAUGGAUAUACGAUGUAAUUAUCUUUUUCAUACUGAAAUACUAAAACAAACAAAAUUUUCAUCUUUAGCAAACAAAAAGAUGUGUGGGAUAAUGAUAAUCUUAAAAUCUUGGCCAAUAUACAGGGUUAACCGGUCAAGCAUAAAAGUAUAGAAGAAAAAAGUAUAAAAUUAGUGAGAGUAACAUCUGCACCACAAAAAGGACUGAGUCUCUACCAAUAAUACAAAAUUAUUGAUUGAAUUCCAGUAUUUCACUGAAAGCAUGGUCAGAAAACAAUAGAAGAUAAAAAGAAGAGUUAAUCCGACAACAACAGCUACUAACCAAACUAUUAAAAGUUUUGAAAUCGUCAACCAUUUGUAUUGAUAUUACGAAUUGAGAAAUGCAACGCAGAACAAUAUAUCAUUUUUUUUAACAUUGUUGUAACGUAAGAGAACAUAAACACAAAAUAAAAGAUAUAUGCAAGAGUGAAAUAUAGAUCAGAGUUUAUUUGGCAAAAUGGCAGAGAUACUGCUGAUGAUUUUCCUCCUUGCUUCACAUUUAUUUGUCUCCGGUACGAUAAAUCAUAUUUACCGCUUUUUUAUUAAUCAUUUUUAUGUAUUUAUGUUUAUAAUAACUCGUAUAGGAGUGUUGUCGGUGAGUAUCUUUACCAUAGAGAACAAAUGCGACCACACAGUGUGGCCAAUGAUCUACUCAUGGACGUCCUCCCAAGUGAACUCCACCGGUUUCGCUCUAAAGAAAGGAGCGGCUCGUGACAUACGUGCGCCGUUUGCGUGGUUUGGUCUUAUCUCCGGUAGGACGCUCUGCUCCACCGACACGUCCACAAGGAACUUCUCUUAUGCCACGGGAGACUGUGAAUCCGGAAUAGUUGAAUGUCCCGGUGAUGAUUACAGUUGGUCUUCAAGGACAUACGCCUCCUUUAGACUCGAUAAAGGCGGUUCCGACAGCUACGCAGUUAGUGUCGAAUACGGUUAUAAUCUUCCUAUCAUGGUGGUCCCGUCUAUGAAGAGUUUUACAUGUAUCACGUCCGGUUGUGUGGUUGAUCUGAACAAGACUUGUCCAGAGGAUCUUAUGACAUUCUCUGGGGAAACGCUAAUAGCUUGUAGUAGUCCGUGUCAAGAAUCCGGUACGCCGGAGAGUUGCUGCCUCAAUGAGUAUAGGUCCAAAGAAAAUUGCAAACCAACAACAUACACGAAGAACUUUUUGAACGCGUGUCCACUUGCUUACAUAUAUCCUUACGCCGACAAUAACAGUACUAUUACUUGCCCAAACACAACCGAUUACGUCAUCACGUUUUGCCCUACUUCAUUCACUCCCAACAAAAAACUUCAGGUAAAUUCCCGUAAAUACGCUUAAUAGUUGUUUUCCUUUCAUUCUUCUGGGGUUGACACUACAAGAAAACAGCAAGGAUUCUGAGGGAAAAAAUCGUCGGAAUUUCGUCGGAAUUUCGUUAUUCCGACGACAUACCGACGAAACAAGUCCUCGGAAAUAAUUCCUCGGAAUUUCUUUUUUCCUCGGAAAUCCCUCGGAAUUUUCCGACGGAAUUCCGAGGAAACAAAUUUCCGAGGAAAUUCCGAGGAUCACUAG